GAAGCGCUGCUGCCCGCGGGCCGCCCUAGCGCCGAGGAUGCGGCUGCGCUCGGGGGUCUUCGCCGCCGGCUGCUUCCUGGUGCAGGCGCUCGGGGUGGGGCUGUUCCUCCGGGGCUUCUUCCCGGUGCCCGUGAGACCCCUGCCCCGGAGAGAGGCCCGCGGGGGCCCGCCCGCUGAGCCGCCCCCGCCCGGCCCAGGAGUGACUUCUAAUUGGACCAUGAUUCCAUCACCUCUUUUCAAAAAAGCUGUCAUUGUGUUGAUAGAUGCUUUGAGAGAUGAUUUUGUGUUUGGAUCAAAGGGUAAACAGUUCAUGCCCUACACUACACAACUGGUUGAAAAAGGAACAUGCCACAGUUUCAUUGCUGAAGCGAAGCCACCCACUGUCACCAUGCCUCGAAUUAAGGCUUUGAUGACUGGUAGCAUACCUGGCUUCAUUGAUGUUAUCAUGAACCUUAAUUCUCCAGCACUCUUGGAAGACAACCUGAUAUGGCAGGCAAAAACAGCUGGGAAAAGAAUAAUCUUUUAUGGUGAUGACACUUGGGUUAAACUAUUUCCAAAGCAUUUUGUGGAAUAUGAUGGAACUACAUCAUUUUUUGUGUCAGAUUAUACUGAGGUUGAUGAUAAUGUUACCAGGCAUUUGGAUAGUGUCUUAAAAAGAGAAGACUGGGAUAUACUAAUACUUCACUACCUAGGAUUGGACCAUAUUGGUCAUCUGACUGGACCAAACAGCCCUUUGGUGGGACCAAAGCUUUAUGAAAUGGAUAACAUCCUCAAGAAGAUUCAUACUUCACUCCUCUCAAAGGAAGAAGAAUCUUCUUUGCCCAACUUACUUAUUGUGUGUGGUGAUCAUGGGAUGUCCGAAACAGGCAGUCAUGGAGGUUCCUCAGAGGAAGAAGUUCACACACCUCUGCUAUUUAUCAGCUCUGCUUUUGAAAAGAGAAAUGGCCCUUUAAAACAGUCAGAACUCGUGCAACAGACGGACUUAGCUGCUACAUUGGCAAUAGGUCUUGGCCUGCCAAUUUCAAGAAACAGUGUUGGGAAUAUUAUACUCUCCAUUAUAGAAGGGAAGACAAUGAGAGAACAACUGAGGUUCUUGCAUUUAAAUGGGUUCCAGCUUAGUAGACUGCUUCAGGAGAACAUGCCAACAUAUGAAAAAGAUCCUGGAUUUGAGCAUUUUAAGAUAGCAGAAAAAUCCCAUGGGAAUUGGAUCAAGCUCUACCUAGAGGGAAAUAAUUCAGAAGUCCUCUUAAACCUUGGCAAAAAGGUCCUUAAGCAAUAUUUAGAGGCUCUGAAGAUCCUGAGUUCUUCACUAAGCAAGCAAGUGACACAAUACGACAUGUAUUCAAUGAUGGUGGGGACUGUGAUAGUCCUGGAGGUUCUGCUUCUGCUUUUGCUCUGCAUGCCGAAAGCACUGAGCAGCAGGGCUGAAUUUGAAGUGCCACUCUCCCCUCCGCUGUUUUCUCUGCUGUUUUACUUGAUGUGCCUGAUGCUGUGUGCAGUUCAUGUAAUUGUAUGCACAUCAGCGGAAAGCUUGUGCUAUUUCUGCAGUAUAUCAUGGUUAAUGGCAGUUGGAGUGAUGAUGCUGAUUUCUGCACUUAUGUGUGUAAUUUUAUCAGCCUUUGGAAAGAUGCUUGAGAAUUCCAAACUUCCAGCUAAGAACCCAGCUGUCUCCAAUUCCAGCUGGUCAGAACUAGAUAUACUCAUGUUGGCAGGAACUGUUGGCCAUGCCGUGAGCCUGGGAGCAAGCAGCUUUGUUGAAGAGGAGCACCAAACCUGGUAUUUUCUUAUCAAUACUCUUUGCUUGGCGCUGUGCCAGGAAAUUUGUAGACACUACUUUCUUGUGAAAGAAUGUGAUCUUCAGCUUAGUACUGCUGUCAAACAAAAUUUUGAAGAUAUUGAGGAAACCGCCCAGUGCAGGAAUGUUGCUAUAUCAUCAUGUGACUCAAAAUUGGGCAAAGUCACCUCUUCAGGUGAAUUUCUAAAAGGCUCAGAAAAGUGGAUGGGUUUAGCAAGUCCAUGGAUCAUCCUUAUUUGCUGUCGGUUGCUUCGUUCCUUAAAUCAGACGGGAGUUCAGUGGGCUCAUCGACCCGACUUCGGACAUUGGUUGACAAGGUCUGAGAUGUGCAUUCUCCUUAUGUGGAGACUAAUCAAUUUCUAGCUGGUGAGAAUUUGCUCCUCUGUACAGAAUGAUGCUCAAAAAGGCCUUCCACCUGCCACACUAUGCUCUCAUUCCACGUUUACAAUGCUCAGAUCGACCUAGACCUGUCACUGGAAACCUUUGUGCUUUCAGGCUGUGCUUCUCCCAUACCACGCAGUAGGACUCUAGUAUGUGAGCAUCCAUUAAUCCUCCAGUCCCAGUUAUAACAGGUUAUCUCAUGCAACUUGUUCUCUUCAGAAUGCCAUCGCUACCUGAAAUCAGGGCAGAUGCUUCAUCCCGUAAGAAGAGUUCGGCUGUAACCUUUGAAACAGCUCCCUGAGCUCUAAUGUGCAGGAAGAAUCUUUGUCAGGAUACUUGUAACUCUAACCAUGAUCCUGAACUUACGGUUGACUGUUCAGCACACUCAGAAGAGCCAGAGGUCCUGACAGCAAAAAAAAAAAAAAAAAAAAAGUCUUUUGAAUUAUACAAGUGAAAAGCUCCCUUUCUCUUCAUCUGCACUCUAACAUGCUAGAUAUAAUUAAUUUCAGGUGUGUGUACAAGGAAAAAACAUAAGACAUGAGUAUUUUGAUGAGAUGUGUAUUUUAAUUUGUAUAUUCAUUCUGUCUCAGUUAUAAAAAUCUAUCCUUUCUGCGGAUGUGGCUGAUACAAUAAAAUAAAAUAAAAAUUGACACUUAGACCUGUUUGAGGUAGAAAGAGGCAGCUCUCAAACUACCAUCUACUUGACCUGUCUAGUUAUUCAGAAAGACCUAAAUAAAAAAGUCAUCACAGCAGUGUUGGAGUUAAGCUGAGUAUAGAGUAUGUCAUAAUGCCAGCAGGCUCCUCUAUUUCAGGUGCUGCCUGUGCAAUACUGCAUCAGACUGUGCCCAAGCUAGCAGCAGUGGCAACUGUAGGGAUAUCUGCAAUGUAACAUUUUUGGACUGAAGAGUUAGGUCUGACUGCAUCUGCAUCCUAUCUUGGACCUGAAACUCUUCAAGUAAAUGUUGAAGAGCGUUUAGUCCAUCAGGACUAUCUUUUUUACUCUGGAAAUAUCCUUCUGCAGACCUGAAGAAUGUUCAUCUGCAUCAUCCUGUCUGGCUGACACAGUGACAUUUUCUACAGUUGGUCUUGAGGCAUUAUAGCUUUGGCAUUGUCUCAGGUUAUUUCCAUCGAGAAUUUGAUACUGGUGACCAUUUUCCAACUAAUAUUUUGAUCAGGGUUAAGUUGAAAUGUUUUCAUUUGCAGUACAUGCUCAGAGUUAGACUGUCAUAAACCAAACAGCAUAAAGUUCUUUUCUCUUUCCUGAAAGCGUGCCAUUCUGUAAGGGUCACCUUUUCCUCCUUUUUUAGCACCCGAUGCUUGUUUUUUUUGCCAAGUGAACUUCUAAUGAUUCAUUUGAUAGUAAUAAAAAAUCAGAAUUUUACUUGGAGCCAUUAUAUCCCGGUAGUUUUAGAUGUAACCCAUCCAGUCUUCCCUAUAUCCAGCCUUGUGGUUUGGCUGCAGGAUAAAUCAGUAAAGUUUUCUCCUUUAUUGACUUUUUAAAGAUCAGGGGCCAACCUCAGGCUAACUUUUGCCUACAGUGCUAAGGAGAUGUUGAGGAGCAAGAUUCUCUACCUUUGCUUGUGGAAGGCAAAUUGAGUUUUAUGUGCUCCUUGCCCGGUUAGAAAUUCUAGAAGCAAAACUCAAAAAAUAUAUUUGCCUAAAACAUUUUGAAAUCAGCUGUUAGAGAUGAGAUCAAUACCUAAAUCAAUAAAGCAUUCUGUUCAGUUUGCCAAGGCAAA